CGCCUCUCUCAUCGCAGUAAAGAGAUCUUUUGCUCAUACCCUACAAAUACACUGAUGUUUGUGCGUCUUUGCAAAGCGAGCACCAGUUACGAGGAAACUUGUGUUAUUGUGUGAAAGGCUGAAAGUACGGGUUUUCGUGUUUGGCGAGGUCACAAGAAAUGGGGAAAAUGGAACAAACGCUACCCCAGUUCCUGAUGUUCAUCAUUCUUAUUGGCUGGACUCAGGGACAAAAAAACGCUAUAAAGUAUUACAGCUCCUCCUAUGGGAUUACGUGUGAUGACACCUGUGGCAAGCAUGAAAAAUACUACUACUGGUGCUACACUAAAAAUGGAUGGGAUUAUUGCUCACCAGAAGAGAAUACAGAUUACACGGGCCAGCCAUGUCGAGAGGACCAUCCCUGUGGGAAGUAUGGCAAAUCUUACCGUUGGUGCUAUACUAAGGGUGACAACUGGGGUUACUGUGGUUUAUUGAGAAAUACUUCAGAACCAAAGACCAGGUUGUAUAAAGGUUCGUCCCUUAUGAGUGUGUGCUGGGAUGCAUGUUUGUAUGAUGAGAGAAAGAAAUACUACUGGUGUCACACGGAUGAAGGGUGGGACUACUGCUCUCCACUACCUGAUGUCACGUACAAGAAUGAGCCAUGCCGCUUGGACCACUAUUGUGGCACUCACGACUCCGGUUACACCUGGUGCUUCACAAACUCAGGUUAUGACUACUGCGGACGCAUCAGCGAUGGAGAAUGCACGUAUAUCACCCCUGAAAUUAAUAAAAAAGACACUAAUACUGUGAUAUCCUGCACAUGGAAGGAUGCAAAGAAUGAAAAACAGAUCAAGUUCAACCUUGAGCCAGAGUUUACAAUAUCUAGUGAAGGUUCCACCUGGAAGAACGAGAUAAUCAACUUCAUUGCACGCUGGAAAAAUACCUACUUGAACCCACAGGACAGUUCCAAGCUGAUCACCUCAGACAACCUCAGGUUUGAGGUACAGAAGCUGGUGAAUGAAGAAGGUGAGCAAUACUAUAACCUGCAAAUCGUGGUGAAUGUACACGCCCAGAGUGGGAGGAGCACCAAACUGGCCCAGGUGCACAUACCGGAGUACAGCGUUCCAGACAGGUUUGUCCAAUUGGCCUUUGUGGAGAGCUUCUGGCGUCACGCCAGGAUUUCUUUGAAAAUUAAUGAGAGUGUAUACAGUUAAUAUGAAGUGAUGUGCCAAGGUUUUUGUGGACGUGAGCGAUAAUAGCUUUAUUUUAGAAACUAACAUAAUCUGUUGAUUCUCAGCUAAUGAUUACCUAUAUCCCAUUAUAUCUAAAAUGAAGCUUGCUUAUGCACCAUUGAUGUCGUUUAACAAGGUUUAUAAUGAACUUCUGCUAGCUACCUGAAGCUACAGACCCACCUAGCAUGCUUCUUCAUGAGUAUAUUUGAUUCACUGAAGACUGGUGGCACACAGACAUUGUGAAUGAUAAUUGAGCUAAAAGAGUAUUGUAGCUUCUGAUCAUGAAAAUCCUCCUCUAUAAAUGUUUGUGUGAGUACAGCUGAUUAAAAUGUGCAUCGCUACACUGAUGACAUUAACUACAUACAAUUCAUGUUUUAGCUCGCUUCAAGCAACAGAGAAAUGUACCUGAUUAUAGAAGUCAAAUAAAAACGCAUUUAAAUUUCUAUAUCAUUACUUUGUAAUAAAAUGAGAUGAGCGUCUA